GAGCUGAAGAUUGCUCACAGUGCCAAAAAGCAAUAGACGAAAAUGUAUCUUUUGUUUGAGAUCCCGUUGUUUCUCCUUGUCACCCUCUACUCCUAUUUAGAGGCCUUUGUCAAACUCUUCAUCCCUGCAAAGAAAAAAUCUAUCAGUGGAGAACUUGUCCUCAUCACUGGAUCCGGCCAUGGACUUGGAAGAGCCACCGCUUAUGAAUUUGCGAAGCGUCAAUGCAACUUAGUUCUGUGGGAUAUCAAUAAGCAUGGUGUUGAGGAAACGGCUGAGGAGUGUAAGAGGCUGGGAGCCACUGCACAUGCAUUUGUGGUGGACUGUAGCAAAAAAGAGGACAUCUACAAAACUGCAGAGAAAGUCAAAGAAGAGAUUGGUGACGUGAGCAUUUUGAUGAAUAAUGCCGGUGUGGUAUCUCCAACAGAUGUGAUGUCCACUGAUGACCGUGACAUUCAAAAAACAUUUGAAGUCAACAUUCUUGCUCAUUAUUGGACAACAAAAGCAUUUGUGCCAACCAUGAUGAGAAAUAACCAUGGUCAUGUUGUCACAGUGGCUUCUGCUGGAGGCCAUACAGUGGCACCUUUUCUUGUGGCUUAUUGCUCAUCUAAAUUUGCUGCUGUCGGUUUUCACAGAGCUUUGACAGCUGAGUUGGCUGCAUUGGGGAAGCAUGGAGUUAAAACAUCAUGUGUUUGUCCUAUGUUUAUAAACAGUGACUUUGUCAAAAAUCCAUCUUCGAGGUUAAUGCCACCUAUGGAGCCAGAAGAUGUUGCAAAACAAGUAAUGAAGGGCGUACUAACCAAUGAGAGGAUGAUUUUCAUUCCACCAUUUCUCAAGUUCACUUUAAUGCUGGAUAGGUUGCUUCCAGACCGGGCAGUUGCAUUUCUCUGGAAGCUAAUUAAUCUUAAAUUUGAUCAUGUUGUUACCUAUAAGGAUGCGGAAAACUAAGGAAAUUGAUUUGUCUAUUCAGUUUCUAUUUUCGCUUUUAAUGUUGUCAAAUUUUAAUUAUGGAUAAAAUUGAAGCCAGCUGUUGUCGAGCCACCAUAACCCCUGCUUCCACCCCAAAGUAAUCUAGACAUUUCAGACUUCAAACAAGAUAUAUGUUUUAAUUUUUUUAAAGUUUUACCUUUCCAAAGCCUCUAGAGACUCUAGGACAGGGGUCCCCAAACUUUUUAAACAGGGGGCCAGUUCACGAUCCUUCGGACCAUUGGAGGGUCAGACUAUAGUUGGCCACCAAGCAAUAAUAAAUAACAACAACAACAACAACAACAAUAAAGAGGGUUGGAAGAGACCCCUUGGGCCAUUUAGUCCAACCCCCUUCUGCCUUUGUGCACCGAAAGCACAAGCACAGCACCCCUGACAAAUGGCCACCCAGCCUCAAAGUUAAUGAUGAUGAUGAUGAUAAUAAUAAUAAUAAUAAUAAUAAUAAUAAUAAUAAUAAUAAUAAUAGGUUUUGGAACACAAUACUCCUGACCUCACAAUUGUGUUAAAAAGCAAAGUAUGGAUUGUCGAUGUUGCAAUCCCAGGUGACAGAAGUAUUGAGGAGAAACAACUGGAAAAGCUGACACGAUAUGAGGAUUUAAAGAUCGAACUGCAAAGACUCUGGCACAAGCCAGUCAAGGUGGUCCCAGUGGUGAUCGGCACACUGGGUGCAGUUCCUAAAGACCUUGGCCUGUACUUAAACACAAUUGGCGCUGACAAAAUUACCACCUGCCAGCUGCAGAAGGCCACCUUACUGGGAUCUGCACACAUUAUUUGCCAAUACAUCACACAGUCCUAGACACUUGGGAAGUGUCCGACGUAUGAUCCAAUACAACAACCAGCAGAGUGUCUGCUGUGGACUCAUCUUGUUGUGUUUCUAAUUAAUAAUAAUAAUAAUAAUAAUAAUAAUAAUAAUAAUAAUAAUAAUAAUAAAGGGCUUUAAGAGAAGAAGAGACCUUUUGGGUCAUUUAGCCCAACCCCCUUCUGCCCUUGUGCCAUGGGGGCCGGAUAAAUGGCUUCGAUGGGCUGCAUCCGGCCCCCGGGCCUUAGUUUGGGGACCCCUGCUCUAGGAGGACCCAGCAGCAACUGUAUCCCGAACUAUAUCAUAUUUAAUCCCCUUAAUAAAUGUACUAAAUGAUAUAAUUGUGUACUGUAUCAAUUCCUAAAUGUAUAAAACUACAUCAAAUGUACUAUGAAAGCAUCCAUUUCCCAAAUCCUCCCUAUUUGCAUAAGCUUAUGAUAACAGAGGUCAUUGAGCUAUGAAAAGGGUCCCUUUCAUCAUCUAGAUGUGAUACUACAAUUUCCUCUGUGUAUAUAUGAGAUAUUGUUCAUUUGAUUAAAUGUGACUAGAAACUGAUAGUUUCCACGGAAGAGAAGAUGAAUAAACUAGCCUUUCAACAGGACAGCCAAGCCUCUGGCUACCCAGGAUUACCACAUUUUGUCUUCAGUGCCUUGCACCUUUGCCUUUUUGGAACUGGACACUUAAAUCAAUCAAGGAAUCAUCUGCAUAUCCACAUCAUCGUUCUCUUCAGUUUCAUGCCCUCCAUGGAGGCAUCUCUGCAAUGGAUUGGACCUUUAAACUAACCAGUAAUCAAAUGUUUUCUUCCCACCAUGGAGAUCCUGUCUGUGAUGAAAAAGAAAUGCCCAGGCAAUUCCUGUGUGGAUCCUAGCCGGUCCAUUUCUCAGCUAAUCAGGAGGAGGCCCAGGUAGUUUGAAUGGCUGUCAAACGUGUAUAAAAUAUCUUGUAUUUUACUGUGAAGAGGUGCUUGUACAUUUUCAAGCAGUGGCCCACUACUUAGAUCUCUUUUGGCCAGAUUGUAAUAAACCUUGGAAGUUUGCCUUCAAA